AUGUCUAAAGUAACAAAGAGAAAUAACGACAGGGCAAGCUCGAGAUGCGCAAGUGACGUGGGAAGCAGCAGCGAUUCUGAAAGCGACAUUGAUAUCCCUGAGAGAAGACUGAGACGGUCGUCGAGUCUUUUGUCAUUCGAUACAUCUCCUCUGGCGCCACCCAACGAGACGGAUAUCGCCAAUUUUACAAGUGAUGCCCACCAUUUCAGCAUGAUCAGAAAUCUACACAUGGCCGAUUAUAUCACCAUGCUGAACGGUUUCUCUGGUUUCUACUCGAUCAUAUCUUGUCUGAGAUUUACUUUGACAGGUAAACCACACUACAUGCAACGUGCUUACUUCUUCAUAUUCCUAGGUAUGUGCUUCGAUUUUCUGGACGGGCGUGUGGCACGUCUAAGACAUAGGUCCUCCUUGAUGGGUCAAGAAUUAGAUUCGCUAGCUGACCUAGUCUCCUUCGGAGUGGCACCUGCAACCACCGCAUUCGCAAUUGGCAUACAGUCGACGCUGGACGUGUUUGUGCUGUCGUUUUUCGUGCUCUGUGGGUUGGCAAGAUUGGCAAGAUUCAACGUAACAGUCGGGCAACUACCAAAGGAUUUGACUGGUAAGUCAAAGUUUUUUGAGGGGUUUCCCAUGCCAACAUCCCUAGUGCUGGUGUUGUUGAUGGUCUGUCUUGUUGCUAAGGGCUUGAUAUUCGAUAAAUUGCCGUUUGGCAUUGUGAGAGAAGGUCAGUAUUUCGAGUUCCACCCAAUCGUUCUGCUAUUUUUUAUCCACGGUUGCGGUAUGAUCUCCAAGAGUAUGAAGAUUCCAAAAUUAUGA